ACUCGGCCAUCUCAUCUCAUCGAAACAAUUCAAAGCUCAUUUCUCUCUUUUAAAUUUAAAACCCUAGAAAUUCAAUUUCUAUUUUCUCUAUCUCAAACUUUUGAAAAAUGUCUGGACGUGGCAAGGGAGGCAAGGGAUUGGGCAAAGGAGGAGCAAAGAGGCACAGGAAAGUUCUUAGGGAUAACAUCCAGGGGAUUACAAAGCCAGCAAUUAGGCGUUUGGCUCGUAGAGGAGGAGUGAAGCGUAUCAGCGGGCUCAUCUAUGAGGAGACACGUGGAGUUCUUAAGAUCUUUUUGGAGAAUGUGAUUCGUGAUGCUGUGACCUACACUGAGCACGCAAGGAGAAAGACUGUUACUGCUAUGGAUGUUGUGUACGCUCUCAAGAGGCAGGGAAGGACCUUGUACGGAUUUGGAGGUUAAAUAUUGGGUGUUAGGGUUUAUAAUAUUUUGUUGUUAGUGAUUGUAGAUUUCAUGUUUGUGCUUUCUGUUUGUGUUAGUGGUCAGUUUAAGCUAGGGUACUUUAAUUUCUGCUGUUAAGGUCUGGAUAUUGUAAUUCCUCGUUAUACAAUCAAGUAUAACAGACCAUUUCCUAAUUUGUUUUGCACUUGCUCUAUUGAUUCUUGUUUAUAUUUCAGUUCCUUUUUGUUUAUUGGU